AUGGCUCGAAUGCCGGGUUUGCCAGGUUCGCUCUCGCUAAGUCCCCGCGGGGUCCGCGCCUCAGCUGACCUCGCUCGCCGCCCGGACCGCCCUAAGCGCCCCAGGCCCUGCGCGCCCCGCCGAACUCCGCGCCUUGGAGUCGUCCGGCCUCUCGCCACCUCGCCUAGAUCAGCACCCCAUCCUCGGCAUCAUGGGCAAGAGAGCCCCUUACUGGAGGAGGCUCAGCACCUCUUCAGAAAAUCCAUUUGGGGCCAAUAUUGCACCCUGUUUCUCUUUCAGAAAACACCAAGAAUUUACUCUGUGGAGCUCAGUGGAACAAAAGACAUCAAGAAAAUAGACAAAGGAGAUGGCAAGGAGAAGUACAGGGGCCUGAAGAACAAGCAUUCGAACUGCAAUAAGAAUCACCAGAUACAGGAGAUUAAGGAAGAACUUGAUCUGGAUGCCCAUAAACUCAGCAUUGUGGACUUGGAAAAGAAAUAUGGAACAAACAUCAUUACAGGUCUCUCCAGUGCAAGAGCUGCAGAGCUCCUGGCUCAGGACGGGCCCAAUGCUCUCAGCCCUCCCAAGGAGACCCCAGAGAUUGUCAAGUUCCUCAAACAGAUGGUGGGGGGCUUCUCCAUUCUCCUGUGGAUGGGAGUCAUCCUGAGCUGGAUCACAUAUGGGAUUGAGUACUCCAAAGAUCCUUCCACACCCCUAGAUGACGUGUAUUUGGGUGCUGUGCUUGCCCCGGUUGUUAUUUUAACAGGCACGUUUGCUUAUUACCAAGAGGCAAAAAGCACCAACAUCAUAGCCAGCUUCAGUAAAAUGAUUCCUCAGCAAGCUCUUGUCAUCCGAGAUGCAGAGAAGAAGACAAUCCCUUCAGAGCAGCUGGUAGUAGGGGACAUAGUGGAGAUUAAAGGAGGAGACCAGAUUCCUGCAGACAUCAGAUUGCUGUCUUCUCAGGGAUGCAAGGUGGAUAACUCGUCUCUCACUGGGGAAUCUGAGCCCCAGUCCCGAUCCUGUGACUUCACUGAUGACAAUCCCCUGGAAACAAAGAACAUUGGCUUCUAUUCUACAACCUGUCUGGAAGGCACAGCAACUGGCAUGGUCAUCAACACAGGUGACCGCACAGUCAUUGGACAAAUUGCCUCACUGGCUUCAGGAGUUGGAAAUGAGAAGACACCCAUUGCCAUUGAGAUCGAGCAUUUUGUUCAUAUUGUGGCAGGAGUGGCCGUCUCCCUUGGCAUUAUUUUCUUCAUCAUCGCAGUGUCCAUGAAGAAUCCAGUCUUGGACUCCAUCAUCUUCCUCAUUGGCAUUGUUGAAGCCAAUGUGCCUGAGGGCUUCCAGGCCACUGUCACUGUGAUACUGACACUGACAGCAAAACGGAUGGCCAAGAAGAACUGCCUAGUGAAGAACCUGGAGGCAGUAGAGACCCUCGGCUCCACUUCUAUCAUCUGCUCUGACAAGACUGGGACUCUGACUCAAAACAGGAUGACUGUGGCCCAUCUAUGGUUUGACAAUCAGAUCUUCAUGGCUGACACAAGUGAAGACCAUUCAAACCAAACCUUUGACCAAAGCUCUGGAACCUGGGCCUCCUUAUCCAAGAUAAUAACACUGUGUAACCGAGCUGAGUUUAAGCCAGGCCAGGAAAGUGUUCCUAUCAUGAAGAAAAUUGUGAUUGGAGAUGCCUCAGAAACUGCUCUCUUGAAAUUCUCAGAGGUCAUUUUGGGUGAUGUGAUGGAAAUUCGAAAAAGAAACCGCAAAAUAGCUGAAAUCCCCUUUAACUCUACCAACAAAUUUCAGCUCUCCAUCCAUGAGACAGAUGACCCCAAUGACAAACGCUUCCUCAUGGUGAUGAAAGGGGCCCCUGAGAGGAUCUUAGAGAAGUGCAGCACCAUCAUGAUCAACGGCCAAGAGCAGCCCCUGGAUGAAAGCACAGCCGAGGCCUUCUACACAGCAUACACGGAACUUGGAGGCCUGGGCGAGCGCGUGCUGGGUUUCUGUCAUCUCUACCUGCCAGCAGACGAGUUUCCAGAAACCUACUCCUUUGACAUAGACACCGUGAACUUUCCCACCUCCAACCUCUGUUUUGUGGGGCUCUUAUCGAUGAUUGAUCCACCUCGGUCCACUGUGCCUGAUGCAGUUACCAAAUGCCGGAGUGCUGGGAUCAAGGUUAUUAUGGUGACAGGUGAUCAUCCGAUCACAGCUAAAGCUGUUGCCAAGAGCGUAGGUAUCAUUUCAGCAAACAGUGAGACAGUGGAAGACGUUGCGAAACGCCUCAACAUUGCUGUGGAGCAAGUUAACAAAUGGUAA